GCGAUCAGAAAGCGACAGACAGUUCUCGAAUCGUCUGAUUCAUUCUAAAGUGGCAGAAUAUGCAACUGCUGAUGCGGAAACGUCACUUAAAGCGACGAUGAAAUGGAGUAGAACAUUCUCAUUUAAAUAUGCACUUUGUUUUUGAAUAGCUAAUCUCUUUGACCAUGAAGUUGGCUCAUAAAGACAUCGAGAAGGAUAAUGCCGGUCAGGUGACACUAAUACCUGAGGAAGCAGAGGACAUGUGGCACACCUACAACCUGCUGCAUGUGGGCGACAGCCUCAGAGCCUCAACCAUCAGGAAAGUGCAGACGGAGUCCUCCACAGGCAGUGUGGGCAGUUCACGUGUGCGCACCACACUGACUUUAUGUGUGGCGACGAUAGACUUUGAUUCCCAGGCCUGUCAAUGUCUCUCAGUUACUGCAUUAGAGAGAUUUUAUGAGGCUGUCAUGCAGGGCAUUCUGAGACACUUCAAUUUUGAUGUGGUGAAGUGUGUUCUGGUGGCCAGUCCAGGGUUUGUGAAAGAUCAGUUCAUCUCGUACCUCUUUAAAGAGGCUGUGAGGCAAGACUGUAAAAUUCUCCUGGAGAACAGAUCCAAGUUCAUGGUGGUGCACUCCUCAUCUGGACACAAAUAUUCACUUAAAGAAGUGCUGUGUGAUCCAGCAGUCACGGCCCUAUUGUCUGACACCAAGGCAGCUGGAGAGGUCAAGGCUUUGGAAGACUUUUACAAGAUGCUUCAACAGGAGCCUGAUCGAGCUUUCUAUGGAUUGGCUCAUGUGGAAAGAGCGAGUGAAGCUUUAGCCAUUGACAUCUUGAUGAUCAGUGACAAACUAUUUAGACAUCAAGACAUAGCCACCCGCAGCCGGUAUGUUCGGCUUGUAGACAACGUGAAGGAAAAUGGAGGAAAUGUCAGAAUCUUCUCAAGCCUACAUGUAUCUGGAGAACAAUUGAAUCAGCUGAGUGGAGUGGUGGCCGUCCUGAGGUUCCCCAUCGCUGACAUGUCUGAAGCUGAGGAGGACAGCAGCUCUGAUGAAGACUAACAUCAUGCUCUUGUGCAAAAGGAUUUGGUAUGAAAGGGUGGAAAUGCUUCACAGUUUGGACUAAAUGGAAUGAAACUCAGUUAUGGCCUUAAUAAAGGUUUUGAAAUCA